AUGGAAGCGGUGCAGUUGGACGCGAACAGAUGGGAGGCUUUAAGAUGGGCAGCUGUAGCAACGGGGUACAACAGCGAGUUUCUGGCAGCUAAAGAGAAGAUAAUGGAAUGUCAAAAGUCUUUGGAAUUUACACAGCAGGGACUGAAGCUGAAGCCUAACGAUCAUGUCCUACUCUACAUAAAAGGCCGAGCACUGUUUCUGUUCUGUGGACUGAAUUCAAUAGAGAAAAGGGCGAUGGUGUCAGUAUUCAAGACAACUGGCAACGAACCACCACCAUCUAUCAAUAGAGCGCUCUCAAUAUUUCUUAAAGCAUACUCCAUUGAACCGAAAUACCUUCCCAACCUCCUCUAUCUCGGCCACUGUCAUCUUUCUCUUGGAGAUAAGGAAGCAGCUAAGAGAUAUCUGAAGGAGGCGAUCGAUAUGGAAGUACAUGGCUGCGAUACUGGAAUACAAAAGGAAUGUGCAGAACUGCUCAAACAAUGUUAA